AGUGGAUAAAACCAGAAGAUUUCGAAAAUCUGCCAAAAUUUCAAGCAAACAUCCUUAAUAAGAUAUAUACUUUUGCUCAUAUUGUUUUCUUUGCUUCUGUUAACAGUGGGACUGCUACACAGUGUAAGAUUGAAACUGUCUCUUUAUGACCUAUUCUCUCAAAUAAUACGGUUGAAUAUGUUCCUUACUGUCAAUCAUCAUUUGCCCAAAUCAUCUAAGAGUGUACUUCAUCUAUAUCUAUAUCUAUAUAUAGUAAGUGAUUCAUAGGGUCAAACAGAUAUAAUGUAGUUCUUGAUUUUGACUCUGAACGUUUAUUUUUUUGUGGCAUUUCACGAUUCAUUAUUGACAUAAGACUAUAAUAAUGGAAGACAGAAAGUCAGAUGGUAAAAAUCCACCUGAAUGGAAACCUGAACUGAAAUAUGAUUUUGAUCCGAUUACUAGUGACGACGAUAUUGUAACCGUUGACUUGGGUGGAACACCAAUACAAUGUUUGAAGAUAGGAGAUGCAUUACAGAAUUUGAGAACGGCUAGAAUGCUUCCAGAUUACAGAAAACACAUACCGAGUAUCAGAAACAUGGAAAUGGAUCAUGAUGAUGUCAUAAUAUGUGCAUUUACAAAAUCAGGGACACACUGGUUAUGGGAAAUAACUUCUAUGCUGAGAAAUGAAAAGGCAGAUUAUCAUGGAAAAGAGAAAACUUCAGCCAUGCUGGAAUUCAUUCCUGCAGAAGUGUUAAGGUCUUUGCCAAAACCGCGUAUUUAUAAUACACAUUUCACACCUCAGUGUUUACCGAAGCAGGUAUUUGAUAAAAGGUGCAAGAUUCUGUUUCUUCAAAGAAAUCCAAAAGAUGUGUUAGUGUCACUUCUGUCGUUUCUCAAGGGUCAUACAUUCAUAGAUUCUACGAUUCAAUGGGAAGAAUUUAUUUCAAAAUAUAUGGAAUUAGAAGUAGAAUCCUCGUUAUUGAACUGGUUUUACUAUACAAGACAGUGGUUUGAGUUCUUGAAGGAAGGACAUGACAACAUUUAUUGCUUAUCAUAUGAAGACAUGAAAGAGGAUUCAGUGGGUGAAAUAACAAAACUUGCUAAAUUUCUAGAAGUUGAAGCAAACAAUGACUUGGUAAAAGAUAUAGCGGUAAAAUGUAGUUUUCAAAACAUGAAAAAAGCAGCUGGUUCAAAGCAGGAAACGUUUGCAAUCAAUAAUAAAGAAGUGGCUCAGAAAAUUACAAACUUCACAUACAGAAAAGGUGAAGUUGGAGACUGGAAGAACUAUUUUACCGUUGCUGUCAAUGAACAAUUUGAUGCUCUGUAUGCCAAAAAGAUGACUGGAAUAGACUUCAAAUAUCGGUAUUCUAAUUAACGUACGAAUGCAUUGAUUUUUUUAACAGACAUACAACCAAAACAUAUAUCAUAUUUAUAAAACUGAUUAGAUUCGUAUCUAUGCUAGCUUUUGUUGCUUUCUAGAUCUGUGAUGUUCAGUUGGCGAUUCGUUGACGUGUACGACACAUUUUAUUUUGUGUACUUACGUUUACCAACUUUAUAAAAUGAUCAAUUAAGAGAAAGAAAGCAUCAUAUUGCAGAGUUAAAACAUAAAAAAACUUUGCUAGGGCAAGGGUGUACAAGAGUUGCAUAUUUGAUAUCUUGAAGGUAUGACAUAACAAUUGUGUUCAACUUGUGUUUACUCUGAAUAAGUAGAUAUAUUUACAUACAACAAUGCAAUUCCGGUGGAUGUUUUCUCCUAUGUUGUGUCUUGUGAACUUUUAUUUGAAUGUUUGUCUUUUUUUAGUCAUGGUGUUGUCAAUUUAUUUUCUAUCUAUGAGUUUGACUGUCUCUCUUUUAUCGUUCACACCUCUUUUGUAAAAGAGUUAAGCUUUUUUGCAGUCUUCAAGCAAUGUGGUCGAGAUUUGAUUUUUUUUUCCAAUUUAAAAUUAAUCAAGCAUUUCAGAGGGUCAAAUAUUUUGCUAUUCCAGAAGUGUCAUACUUAAGCAUUUUUUUUUUGGUAACGUUAUUUUAAAAACAUUAAAUGUAUCUGCAGAUGGUUAUAUUUAAUUUAUUGAGCAUAUUGCGAGCAAAUGUUGUGAUGACAUCCUUGCUUAUUAAACAUAUGUUCUGCUUUUAGUAGCAAACAAUUACAUAAUUAGGAAUUAUGAUGUUAACAACUCAUGAUAUCGUAACCUGAACAAUGUGCAACGAUUGGACUCAUUUAAAUAUGUAUUUUGUUCUGCUUUCUUAUUUGUCUGUU